AUGCUAGGGAACUUUCUGCUAUCAAUUUUACUCCUGUUGCAUAUUCCUGCUAUUUCCAAACCUGCAGAGGAACCAUUACAGUGGCUAGCUAUUACCUUCGGCGACUGCAAGACCGCCACAAUUAACCCACAUACUCCCUCCACGGAGAAUCGCCAGCAGCGGAAGCAUCUGCCUCAAGCUUACGAUCAUCCUGAGAGACCUGCCACCUCCUCGUCUGUCCACACUAUCCGCCGAACUCCACGCUUCGAAGCCACUCCGAGUCCUCACCCAGAGCUCGAUCGUGCGCCGAAGCCUGAGCUUGAGCCUGAGCAAGAGUCCGGCCCAGCCAAGCCACAGCCUCGGCUCGCUCCUUCCCCAGAGAUAUUUCCCGAGCCCUCCAAAGACCCCGUCGCUCCUGCCCGUGGUCGGAAAAAGGCGAGCAAGAAUCGCCGACUAGCUCGAAAACUUUCUCAGGAACUUAGUGAAGACGACGACGACGACGAGUCCUCAGACCAAUCGCCGUCUAGACAACAAUUCCCCCAACCUUCCAAAUUUUCGGACGACCACUACGUCCCACACCCCCUCCUUCGAAUCUCGAGGCGCACCCACAGGGCAAUCCUAUUUACCCUCGAGGAAGCGCUCCGAGGUCCCUAUUCCUUCACCCCGGACCUUGCUGAAGAGCUGGCAGACAUGGCCGACCUGCGAGGAGGCCAUGAGCCGCCCACAUCUAACGGCAACGUCUCUUCUGCUCAGCCCCGCCCGGCUCAUGCCUCGGCUGCCGGCUCCCCGUCUGGCAUUCGCAGCCCGCGCAUGAUCCUUCGGGACCGUAAUGCUAGGGAAGCGGCGCGCCGCGCCGAGCAGGAGCAAAUUCAGAUGGAACGAACUCGUAUGGAACAGGAACAGCUACGCUUGCAACAGGCUCGAGCUGAGGAGGAAGCCCGAGCCUUGGAAGAAGUCCAGAGACGGAACGCAGAACGCCGUGCAGCAAACACUGCCGGCACCGCUGCUGGCGGUUCGAGACCCCAGCCGAGCGCCGCCGACAACGCCGCUCAGAUCGACCCUUCGAGAAGGCGACAGGAUCAGCCGAGAACACCUGAGCGAGGAAGUUCUCGUAUUCACCAGGGCGCACCCCAGCCCCAACAGAGCCGUCCCGGCCGAACUUCCGCCACAACGGGCCAUGCCCAACAACCCCAACAACCACAAUUCCCUAGCACAAGCGCUGGCGCACACUCGUCACAGCAGCAGCAGCGCCCACAACAGCAUACGCAGCAACACCCCGGAGCGCAAUCUCUUGGCGGAGCCGCGUCAGCUUCGAAUAUUAAACCACAACCGUCGCAGCAACAACAACAAUCGCAAUCUCAGCAACAGCCUCGAACUUCAUUCCCCCACGCCUUCGAACGAUGGGAGACGCUCUCCGCGCAGUGGGAGGGCCUCACAAGUCACUGGAUUCGACGCCUCGAGCUCAACGCCAGCGCCAUCGAGUCAGACCCCGUUUCUCAGCAGCUCUCUCGCCAGGUAACAGACCUUUCCGCCGCCGGCGCAAACCUGUUCCACGCCGUGGUUGAGCUUCAGCGUCUGCGAGCUAGCUCCGAGCGCAAGUUUCAGAGGUGGUUCUUCGAGACGAGGGCCGAUCUCGAGAGAGCGCACGAGGAGAACGCUGUGCUUGCUGGUCAGGUCGAGGAACUUCGCAAUCAGCUCAACGAGGCUAGAAGCAGGACGCAUGAGCGGGAUAGCGCGAAUUCCAUCAUCCAGAAGCAGCUAAGCGAGAUGAAGAAAGAGCUCUCCAUCUCCAAAGAAGAGGCCCGCCGCGCUUGGGAGGAGCUUGGGCGGCGAGAGCAAGAGGAGCGUGAGCGAACUUUCUCGCUCCAGGCCGGCCAACCUACCAUCGUAGGCGGUGUUCAGGUAGUCCCCAUGCUUCAAGGAGGCAGCCUCAGUCGUCGCGAGACCACUCGAGAACAGCCUGGCCCGUCGGGCUCGGGAGGAGGAGCAGGUUAUGGUGAUUAUUCCCAGGCUCCCUCCGCUCAUACCACCACCACGGCCGCACCGGAGAGCUACUACCGAACUGCGGCGGCCGAGGCGGCUCAGCCUGGAAGCGGUGCCUACGGCCAGCAGGGCUCGGAGGCUGGCUACAGCGAAGAGGACUAUGAACCCACUACCAGUGAGGCCGGCACUUAUGCGGUUGCUACCUCUGGUGACAGCCAGUGGGCUGCUGCAUACGCGAACCAGGCGGAUUACACCGGCUCGGGAUACGGCUCGGGCUGGGAGUCCAUGCCUCGUCACCACCACCCCACGAGGCUGAGCGAUGUGCUUGAGGAGGAAGAGAGCCGCACGAGCGCAAGUCAAGUCAGCCGAGCCUAG